AUGGCCGGCAAGAAAGCAGCUGGAGAGAACUCCAAGAAGGCGGCCGGUAACGCUCGUAAAGCGGAAGCCGCCGCCCAGAAGAAGGCCGCUGAAGACGCGAAGAAGGCGGCGGAAGAAGAUGCGAAGUGGUCAAAGGGAGCUAAGACUAAUGCAAAGAAGGAACAAGAAGAAGCCAAAAAAGCCGAAGCAGCACGCAAGAAAGCCGAACGCGAAGCCCUUCUCGCAGCAGAAGAAGCCACUCAACGCGCAACUCCCAAGGGCGCAAAGGCCAAGACCGCUCAGAAGAAGACCCGUGGACUGGACCUAUCUCAACUGGACGAACCUGCCGCCAAGGGCGCUGCUCUCAACGCAUCCGGUAUCGACAACGCUCUCGACGCCCUCUCCCUCACUGCCAGCUCCGACACAGCCAAGAUCGAUCGUCACCCGGAGAGAAGAUUCAAGGCCGCUUAUGCCGCUUUCGAGGCGCGGAGACUGCCUGAGAUCGAGCAGGAACACCCUGGUCUGCGGAAGAACCAGCGUAUUGAGAUCUGUCGCAAGGAGUUUGAGAAGAGUCCUGAAAACCCCUUUAACCAGGUUCACGUGUCGUUCGAUGCCUCGAAGGAGGAGAUCGCUGCUCUGAAGGAGGCAGAGAAGAAGAAGAUUGAGGCUAGAUUGGCCGCCAGAUGA